AGAAGAGGAGCCCAUCCUCGUCCUCCCCUGCGGCCCUGCCCGUCCUCGUCCUCUCUCUCUCCGCCUGCGCCGUACACUUUCCAGAGGCAGCGGUCUGGACUCUGAAGCAUCCUCUUUCUUCUUCCGGUCUUCUCCCUCUUACUGUAUCCAACAGCACGAGAUCUCAAGCAUCGAAUCAUGAACGGAGGAGGUAGCGCGACGCCCUUCUCCCGCACCACCACCACCCUCUGCACCACUUCUUCUACCUUGCAAGCAGGUGAGUCGGGCCAAGGGGAUAGGGAAGCUGCUAUUCAAGCCGAGAUGGCCAGGGUUAACAACCUGCCAGCCAAUAGUUCCUACGCGAUUCACCGCAUUAAGGUGCUGAACAAACUUCGCCAUCUUUUAUCUAUAAAGAGGACCACAUCUCAGGAUGAGGAGCUUGAACUCCUUUUCUCAAGCCUUUCAAUUUAAAGUUUAUCCUCAGUAUCUACAUGUACUAGGUGAUGUCACUGUUUCGGUGUAUCUAAUCAUCGAUUGCCCCCGCCUGUCCAGUGUAGCAUAUAUUCCCAAUGGUUAUCAAGUUUGAAGGAAUCACUUUUUAUUCAAAGUGCUAGGGAACUUGAUGAGUUGAUAAACGAUGUGUUCUCUUGAACGGAAUUCCUAGCGGGGGUGAAAUUUAUCAUGUGCAUGUAAUGUUUUUGACCCAAAUUGGGGGCUGCCAUAACUCUAGCCAUAUGGUGAUGCAUAGAACACCAGCUCAAUAGUUAUGUUAUCAAGCAUCACUGGUUUUGCUAUUGUGACAGUAAAGGAUGCAUACCUGGACCCCCCUACAUAUGAUAAUUUGGUCUCUAUUGUGGAAGCAUCAAGGACUCUGGGAAGCAGGGGAAAGUUCAGCUGCCUUGUUUGAUAUUUUGAGUGGAUACAUUUUGGUAAACCUGGAAUGCAGUAUGUUUCUGACUAGUCUGGCACCAAAAAAGACUUCUAUUAUUGUGGCAUAUUGUCGUGUUAAGGUUUUUUUUAUUGUGGCAGACUGGCCUUAUUAUAAAUAAACAUGUGUUGGUACGAAUUGUUUCUCAGAAAGUUGAAAAAUCAAAUGAACACUAUCAAUUCCUGUA